AUGAGCCCGUCUGUCAGCUACGGAGGUGACGAGGUUGGCGCUGUCGUCCUCGACAUCGAGUCUGGCUCGGUCCGCGCCGGCUACGCCGGUGAAGACGCGCCCAAGUGUGUGUUCCCGACCGCCUACGCGACCAUCCCCUCUUCCGACCCCGCGCAACCUCCCGUCCAUGUCCACGGCAACGGCAUCCACCUGUACCGCCCGCACGCCACCAUCAGCAACUUUGUCCAGGACGGCAUCGUGUCCGACUGGGACGCGGCGUCGCGAGCCGUCGACCACGCGUUCAAGGACCGCCUCCGCAUCAAGUCGCUCGACGAGUUCCCGCUCCUGUCGACCGAGCCCAGCUGGAACACCAAGGAGAACAAGGAGAAGAUGGUCGAGCUCGCGUUCGAGACGUGGCAGGCCCCGGCCUACUACGCCGUCGACAAGGCCGUCAUGAGCGCGUUUGCGGCGGGCAAGGGCUCGGCCCUCAUUGUCGACAUCGGCGACGAGCUCACGACCAUCACGCCCGUCUACGACGGCUUCGUCCUGCGCAAAGCUAUCCAGAAGCAGCCGACCGGCGGCGCCCUUCUUUCCGAGGUCCUCCUCACCCAGCUGCGCGCGGCCAACAUCCCCGUCACGCCGCACUACCUCGUCAAGACCAAGGAGCCGGUCGACGCUGGAGCACCGGCCAAGGCAACGCUCAGGUACCGCGUGCCGAAUCCGUCCGACCCGAACGCGCCGACGACGCCGUCGUACCACCGCCUGCAGGAGAUGCGCCUCAUGCACGAGACCAAGGAGGCGACGUGCGAGGUCCUCGCGCCACAAUGGGACGACGCCGCCGCGACGUCCAAGCCGACACGGCCCUUCGAGUUCCCCGACGGCUUCAACACGUAUCUCGGCGCUCAGCGCCUUACGACGCCCGAGAUCCUGUUCAACCCGCAGCGCUUCCUCCCUCCCGACCCGCUCGCCCGCCUCAUCCAGUCGACCCUCGUCCAGGUCGACCCGGACCUGCAGGCCACCCUGCUCGCCAACGUCGUCGUCACUGGCGGCACGACGUUGAUCCCGGGCUUUGUCGACCGCCUCCAAGCCGAGCUCGGCGCGAUUGCGCCCGGGACCAAGGUCAAGAUCCAUGCGCCCGCCUCGGCAGCCGAGCGCGUCCACACGUCGUGGCUCGGCGGGUCCAUCCUCGCCUCGCUCGGCACCUUCCACCAACUCUGGAUCGGCAAGGACGAGUACCAGGAGAUCGGCACGUCGGUUGUGCACCGUCGCGCAAAGUAG